AUGGCUAGAUAUAAAUUUUUUGUUGAUAAAGGCUACAUUAUUCCUGCAGGAGCACGAUGCUGUGAGGGUCAUCUGAUCUCAUCAUAUUUGAGACCUGAUGUCGACAUCCAAAAACAGUCUGAGGAAUGUUCUCUCGAUGCUGAAGAAAUUAAAGAGUUACUAAAUGGCGUGAGGAGUAUAGCAGCGCGCAAAGGUUUAGACUUUGAUACGCCUGGUGUUCUGACUGUUGAAGAUUACUGGAAUUUGACCGGGGUAACAAUCCAACGGUUUGACACAAUUCUAAACAGUAUAAGUAGCCACAUACGAGACAGUAAAAAUAGAACUAGUCGUACAAGUUUAGCAAUUUUUUUGAUGAAAAUGAGGACAGGUCUAUCCUAUAACGUCCUCUCGACUUUGUUUUCAGUUUCAAAAAGUGUUAUUCAGAGAUCCAUGCGUAAUGUCCGUGAGGCACUCAUGUCAGAAUUUGUUCCGAAACACCUGGGUUUGGCAAGUAUCUCGAGGGAUACUUUAAUUAAUGAACACACCCGAGACUUCGCAAAAAGCAUUUUUGACGAUGGUAACGGUAACAACAAGGCCAUCAUUGUUGCUGACGGCACAUAUGUUUACAUUGAAAAGAGCAGUAACUAUAAGCUGCAAAGAAGAACAUUCUCAAUGCAUAAAGGCCGACCGUUGGUUAAACCUUUCAUAAUUGUCAGUACCACAGGUCUUGUCUUAGACGUCCUCGGUCCUUAUUUCGCGGACGGUAAGAAUAACGACGCCAACAUCAUCACCUCGCACAUGGUCUCGUCGGCAGAUGGGCUACGAUCCUGGUUGAAGGAAGGAGACGUAAUUGUUGUAGACCGUGGUUUCCGAGACGCUGUGGGAUUUUUAGAGGAUUUAGACCUGAUAGUAAAAAUGCCGCAGUUCCUUGAGAAGAAUAGAAAACAGCAUUCUGCUGAAGAGGCCAACGCGUCCAGGUUGGUGACCUCUGUGGGAUGGGUUGUUGAAGCUGUAAACGGGACCAUCAAGACUUUUAAGGCCUUAGCUCAUACUAUGCCCAACUCUCAAAUCCCGUACAUAGGUGACUAUGUCAGAAUUAUAUGCAGCUUCAUCAACGCAUUUAGACCAUCCAGAAUAGGGGACGAAGAUGAGAAUUCCACCAUCAUUGCGCAGAGAAUGUUGCAGUUAUCUAAAAACGAAAAUCCACUGCAAGGAAAAGUGCAGAACUGGUCAAACAACAAAGCGACAUGGACUCAGCUUGACUCAGAGAGCCUCAAUGAUUUUCCUAGGCUUACUUUGGACGAACUGCGCCUGAUCACCAUGGGGAUAUAUCAGCUGAAACAAGCCAAGUCAUACGCAGCUGAACACGAGAACGAUGAUGGGUUGUAUGAGCUAUUCGUUCACCGAGAAUGCACCGACGUCAUCAGGGUGAAAUUGCAGAGCCGCCAUGUAUCAGCCAAAAAAUACCACCUUUGGAUACAGUAUCACCCCAUAGGCGUUUCUGGGUGGUAUUGCCAGUGCAAUGUGGGCGCUAGAGUCGUCGGCUGCUGUGCGCACAUCGCAUCUGUCAUGUGGUACCUCGCUCAUCACAGACAUAAGACAGAAGCACAAAAAACCAAGCGUUUGUCAGAUGAGUACGGGUCAUUUCUUCAAGAUUCCGCAACGGUAGCUCCAAAUGAGUGGUCUGAUGGAGAGGACGAGGAACCUGAUGAAGAGGCGACAGAUGAAGAUGCAACUGGAGAGGAGUGA